AUGGAUUUUCAAAAUCGUCCUGGAGGGAAAACAGGAGGUGGAGGAGUUGCCUCCUGGUCAGAGAGUAAUCGUGAUCGUCGAGAACGUCUCCGGCAAUUGGCGUUAGAAACAAUCGACCUUAAUAAAGAUCCAUAUUUUAUGAAAAAUCACUUGGGAUCAUACGAGUGUAAAUUGUGUUUGACACUACACAACAAUGAAGGCAGUUAUUUAGCACAUACUCAAGGUAAAAAGCAUCAAGCCAAUUUAGCUCGGCGUGCUGCUAAAGAAGCCAAAGAAGCCCCCCAAACAUUGGCUCCAGAAAAACCCCGCGUUGAGCCGAAAAAAUUCGUCAAGAUUGGACGACCCGGUUAUCGUGUGACGAAACAACGGGAUCCAGAAACCGGACAACAAAGCUUACUGUUUCAGGUUGACUAUCCCGAAGUCGCGGAUAAUGUUAUUCCUCGGCAUCGAUUCAUGUCAGCUUAUGAGCAACGAGUUGAACCACCAGAUCGUAAAUGGCAGUAUUUGUUAUUCGCAGCAGAACCUUACGAAACUGUGGCUUUUAAAGUGCCAAGUAGAGAAGUUGAAAAGGCUGAAGGUAAAUUUUGGACACAUUGGAACAAGGACACUAAGCAAUUUUUCUUGCAAUUUGCAUUUAAAAAUGAAAAACCGGCCGUCGGAAAAAUUCCACCUCCUCCGGUGCCUUUAAUUCGACCAGGACUUGGACAACCGAUGAUGCCCGUUCCACCGCCUCCCAGGCCGCCUAUUUUCAAUCCAGUACCUCCACCACCAGCUACGAUGCUUGGUGGCGUACAAAUUCCACCACCGCCUCCGCAUCUUGGAUAA